CCCCACCUUUCCCUCCUCUUCAUAUUCUUGCCUCCUACAAACAUUAUCCUCCUAUCUUCCAUCUCUUCAUGUCUACCUGUGACUUUUGUCCAAUUUAGUCUGCCUAUCUCGUUUCUCUGCGAGUCUAAAGAUUGAGUGCUUCAAACUACUAGGCGCUUUUCCCCCAUUGCCUCGGUCGCUUGACUUGACUCGAAAUUAGCCUGCGGUAUCGGUGCGCGUGUCUGACACUCUUUGUUGUCCAGCUCUCCCAGCGCGUCUCGAGUCUUCCCAUUUGGCAUACCAUCCUCUAUUAUCUUUUUCUGUGAGAUAUUUGCUAUUCGAAUCGGCUUCAUCUACCACCAGCCUUUUCGUGUUUGUUGUGCUUGUUGCUCAUAUCCCCGUUCGGGUCGUUUGUUGUUUGAGUCGCUUGUCUACUUCCGCUGGCAUCCCAAGAAAGGGACAAGAAACAGAAUUUUCUUGGCAAUGUCGGAACCCCAAGACACCACCACCACCACGGCCCCUUCAACCGCCGCAGCCCCCGUGCCUGCUGCAUCUGCCUCUCAAGAGCCUGCUGCUCCUUCUCAGCAAUCUCCUCAGGUCUCGUCGGCUACCGCUGCGUCGGCCGCUGCAACUGCUGCCGCUGCGACCGCUGCUGUCGCUAGUCCCCCUAUCAACGGCAGCACCACGCGCCCCUCUGAAGAACUGUCCUGUCUCUGGCAGGGCUGUACUGAGAAGUGCCUGUCCCCCGAGGCUCUCUACGAACAUGUCUGCGAGCGUCAUGUUGGUCGCAAGAGUACAAAUAACCUCAAUCUGACCUGCCAGUGGGGUAGCUGCCGGACGACCACCGUCAAGCGCGAUCAUAUCACCUCUCACAUCCGCGUCCAUGUGCCGCUCAAGCCACAUAAGUGCGACUUCUGUGGCAAGGCAUUCAAGCGUCCCCAGGAUCUAAAGAAACACGUCAAGACCCAUGCUGAUGAUUCUGUUCUGGUCCGCUCUCCCGAGCCUGGCGCUCGGAACCCAGACAUGAUGUUUGCCGGUGGCGCUAAAGGGUACGCAGCAGCAGCUCACUACUUCGAGCCCACUAUCAAUCCCGUCCCUAGCCAAGGCUACGCCCACGGCGCUCCUCAGUAUUAUCAAUCACAACCACCGCCUCAACCUUCUAACCCAUCUUAUGGCAAUGUCUACUACGCCCUGAAUCACGGCCCGGACGCCGGACACACCUCGUACGAGUCGAAGAAGCGUGGUUAUGAUGCUUUGAACGAAUUCUUCGGUGACUUGAAGCGCCGCCAGUUUGACCCGAACUCGUAUGCGGCUGUGGGCCAGCGGUUGAUGGGUCUACAAAGCCUGUCGCUACCCGUCCUGAGUAGCGGUCCUCUGCCGGAGUACCAAGCAAUGCCCGCCCCCGUGGCUGUAGGAGGCGGUGGAUAUAGCCCUGGAGGCCAUCCUUCGGCUCCCUCAUAUCACCUGCCCCCCAUGAGCAACGUGCGGACCAAGAACGAUCUUAUCAACAUCGACCAGUUCUUGCAGCAGAUGCAGGACACCAUCUACGAGAACGACGACAACGUUGCCGCGGCCGGAGUUGCCCAGCCGGGUGCUCACUACAUACAUGGGGGUCUGAGCUACCGCACUACUCAUUCGCCCCCUACGCAGUUGCCCCCGAGCCAUGCGACAGCUACGACGGCGGCGAGCGCCAUGAUGCCCAACCCGGCCACUCACUCCCCCUCCACCGGCACUCCCGCCCUCACUCCUCCCUCAAGCGCACAGUCAUACACUUCCGGUCGUUCCCCGAUCUCUCUCCCAUCGGCCACUCGCGUGUCGCCACCUCACCAUGAAAGCGGCCACAUGUACCCUCGCCUGCCGUCGGCUACCAUGUCUGAGAGCAUGACUGCGGGCUACCCAACGACAUCUGGUGCGGCGCCGCCUUCAACCCUGGGAGGUAUCUUCGAUCACGAUGACCGGCGUCGGUACACUGGUGGCACGCUGCAGCGUGCACGGCCAGAGCCACGUUCUAUGCCUGAUGCCAUGGAUCUGUCGCAGGAUAACGAGAAGACGGAUGGCGAGCGCACUCCUCCAGCCAAAGGCCGAGCAUCCUCGCUGUCACCUAAAAGCAUCUCAGCUAGCCUGAUUGAUCCUGCGCUCUCGGGUACGGCUGCCCAGGAUGAGGCCACGCUUCGCACCGCCCAGGCGGCGACCGAGGUGGCGGAGCGGGCGGAUGUACAGUGGGUGGAAAAGGUCCGCCUGAUUGAGUACCUGCGUAAUUAUAUCGCAUCCCGGCUGGAACGGGGCGAGUACGAGAACGAAUCCCAGCGAAGCCGUGAAGAACGCAGCCCGGAAUCCGCGUCAGGAAGCCAGAUGGAAGGGGUCGAGGCCACACCAGCCGAACCGGCCCCAGCCAAGCCGGAAGUGAAAUCGGAAGCAGGGAAUGUGGUGAUGUACCCGACGUUACGGCUGGAUGAGGAUGGUGAUUCCAAGAUGCCGUAGGGGUGAUGGCUGGGAUUGGUCAGGUUGAUUUCGUGAUGUUACUCCGGGCCUUCUUGGACCGGCAGGUCUAGUGUUAUAUCUCCCUCUACGGCUCUUCUCUCCACUUUUCUGUUUUCUGUUGAUUAUUCACGGCCAUGCUACGAACGAGUUGAUCUAGGCGAUUGCGGGUUAGUUCGGUUUGAUUCUGCUUAUUUGCGACUUCGGAUACGACCCUGGGACUGAGACUGGCCUUACAAGGAAGGCGGUUCCGGUGGGUAGAGGAAAUAUUUAUGUACAUGAACCUGUAUUUACUUGGUAAAUCCUUCAUGGUCUUCGGUUGUCGGUCAAUACUGUCAAUUACUUGCUAG